UUUUGAGUUCGAUGGCAAGUUACCCAACGCCAGGUUAUCCCUCUGCUUUAAUAGUUGUGACGUGUUACACGAAGGUGUACCUUGAGGAUAAAACGUAAAGUGCAAUAGCACUUGGUGAGAGAUGAUAGUUGCGUUCGCGUAGCUAAUCUCUCUGAAUUAAUAAUUAUUUUGUGAUACACGAAGGUGUAGCUUGAGGUUCAAACGUGAUGUGCAGUAGCACUUGAUGAGUGACAAUAGUUUCGUACGCGUAGCUAAUUUCUUGUUGACUGAUCCAAAAGUUUGUUAGAUAGUGUAACUAAACCGAGGUGAUCAAUGGCAUGUGAAUCAUCUUUAUCGUUGACUUCAGCUGGACAUCUUUGUUUGUUCGAAAGACUGCAGAGAAUGAAAAAAAUGAUGUUUGCUUAACCGAGGAAGAAGAAACGAAUAAUCAGAAAAUGAUACCCUGUAGAAGCAGUGUUCGACAACGUUCAUGUUCUCGUGAUGGAAAAAAGAUGCGACGGCAUCGCCAUUCUCAGAAUCCAAGAGAAGGUUUACGUUCUCAAUCACCUUCAUAUCAACGUUCUCGACGCUCUUCAUCAAUAGCGAGGCGGCAGGUUGAACGAAAGCGACGCCAUGCCAAGCUACAACGACGAGAUGACGAAAAGCGUGAAAAGAGGAGAUGUGAAAAAGAAAAUUCGCAUAGUUCUGAAAAUUCCCCAAAACGGAAUACAUGGUUUUCUACUAGUAAAGGUUUCAGCAGUGUGGAUAGCAAAGUUGCAGAAAAUAACAAUGCCACCGUAAGCGAUGCCGAAGGAAAUAUUACUGAGCGGCAGCGUCGAACCGUUGACUUAUUAACAUCCCGUACCGGUGGUGCUUACAUACCACCGGCCAAAUUACGUAUGAUGCAAGCCAAAAUUACUGACAAGUCCUCUGCCGCAUACCAGCGUAUCGCAUGGGAAGCACUAAAAAAGUCCAUACAUGGCUAUAUUAACAAAGUAAACGUAGAUAACAUUGCCAUUAUUACUCGUGAACUACUUAAAGAAAAUAUUGUUCGUGGCCGCGGCUUACUUUGUCGUUCUAUUAUACAAGCCCAAGCGGCAUCGCCCACUUUCACGCAUGUCUAUGCUGCCUUGGUGUCUAUAAUAAAUUCUAAAUUUCCUAAUAUAGGCGAGAUACUACUUAAACGUCUGGUAAUUCAAUUUAAACGAGCUUUCCGAAGAAACGAUAAGGCGGUAUGUUUGUCGUCAUCCCGCUUUAUAGCGCAUUUAGUUAAUCAGCGUGUAGCACAUGAGAUACUUGCAUUGGAGAUCCUAACGCUAUUGGUAGAGACACCAACAGACGACUCUGUGGAGGUAGCUAUAGCUUUUCUAAAAGAAUGUGGCAUGAAAUUGACCGAGGUGUCUUCUAAAGGCAUAGGUGCAAUUUUUGAAAUGCUAAAAAAUAUAUUACACGAGGGUAAAUUAGAUAAGCGCGUUCAAUAUAUGAUUGAAGUAGUAUUUCAAGUGCGAAAGGAUGGUUUCAAGGAUCACCAGUCUGUGAUUGAAUCAUUAGAAUUGGUGGAGGAAGAUGAUCAGUUCACACAUUUGCUAAUGUUGGACGAGGCCACAAAUCCGGAGGAUGCUUUAAAUGUUUUCAAAUUCGAUGAACAGUAUGAAACUAAUGAAGACAAAUACAAAGGUCUUAGUAAGGAGAUAUUGGAAAGUGAAGCAAGUGGUAGUGACCCUGGCUCUGGCUCUGGCAGCGGCUCUGAGAGUGAGUCGGGCGAUUCAUCAGAUUCUGAACAAAAAGGACAAGACGGCGAUCAGGUUACAACCGGUGAUAUUAUCGACAACACCGAAACUAAUAUCAUUGCUUUAAGGCGUACUAUAUAUCUUACAAUUAAUUCAAGUCUUGAUUAUGAGGAAUGUGCACAUAAAUUGAUGAAAAUGCAGCUCAAACCAGGCCAAGAGGUUGAACUCUGUCACAUGUUCCUUGAUUGUUGUGCAGAGCAACGCACCUAUGAAAAAUUUUAUGGAUUAUUGGCACAACGGUUUUGUGCUAUCAACAAAAUUUACAUUGAACCAUUCGAAGAAAUUUUUAAGGACACUUAUCAGACAACACAUCGAUUAGAUACAAAUCGAUUGCGGAACGUGAGUAAAUUUUUCUCGCAUUUACUAUUUACGGAUGCCAUUAGUUGGGAUGUGUUGGAGUGUAUCAAGCUAAAUGAAGAUGACACAACCUCAUCUAGUCGAAUCUUUAUAAAGAUACUCUUUCAAGAAUUAGCCGAAUAUAUGGGACUGGGAAAGCUUAAUACUAAACUCAAAGACAAUGUUUUAACCGAGAGCUUAACUGGUCUUUUUCCUAAGGAUAAUCCUAGAAAUACUCGCUUUGCAAUUAACUUUUUUACUUCAAUUGGCUUGGGUGGUUUAACUGACGAGUUAAGGCAGUUUUUGAAGAAUGCUCCAAAAUCUGUGCCAGCAAUUAAUGUUGAAAUAUUGGCAACAAAACAUGGGCAGAGCAGUUCCUCAAGUUCAUCAUCAACAGGAUCAUCUUCUUCGUCGGGCUCAUCAGAAAGUCGUUCUUCUAGCAAUACGUCGGGUUCCAACGAUUUUGAUGAUAAUAAAAGGAAAAUAAAAGAAAAAAUUAAUAAAAAAAAGAGCACUUGUAGAGAACAUAGCAAGAAAAGGAAGACGUCAAAGUCAAAGGUAAUGAAAAACAGAAGGGACAAACGGGACGAAGAGGGUAGCAGCACCUCUGGAGACUUAUCUGAAUCGAUGGAUAGCGCUACCUAUGGCAGUAGUAUUGAUAGCAGCAGUAACAGCGACCAUGAUAAUCAUAAAACUGAUCGAAAGACGAGAGUGGAAAAGUCUAAAGCUACUACCACUAAGAAACAAUCAAAAUCCUGGAAGACAAAUAUGGGCAGUUCAGAAGGUCUAAAACGAAACCCUCACAAAACCGUUCGUCAGAGGAAAAUCGGGAUCUACACUGCGGAUCGAAUUGGAAGAAAAAAUAAGUCGCCUGAAAAAGAAUAUGAGGAAAGAGAGCUAAAGCGUGAACGUAAUAGACGCUUCAAAGAGCGAGAUCAUUGCUCAAAUGGUGAGCGUCGUAAGGAUCGGGAGCGCAGACGCCAUCACUGUCGAAGUCGCAGUCGCAGUAGAGAACGCGAUCGCAGCCGAGGCCGGGACUAUUACGAUAAACAGAGUGUGAGCUUUCCGCCCAAUACAUCCAAAGAACGCGGAUAACUACUAAACCAUCUAAUAACUCAACAUUAAAUUACAUAACCCUAAUUAUUGAGAAAUGUCUUUGAGAAAGAAAAAAAAUAUAUGUACAUAUGUACAUGCAUUCAUAUAUGUAUUUAGCAGAUUUAUUUCACAGAAAUAAAUGGUACUAAUCUUAGUUGA